AUGGAGAACAUAGCUAAAGCAUACGAACUAGUUGAUCAAGUUAUAAACUAUGCAAAUGAAGCAAAAGAACUAGCUAAAGAUGUUGAAAACGAAAAGGCUCAAAAUGAAGCAGAUGAUGCUAAAAAGAUUGUCGAAGAAGCUCAACCUAAAGCACUUCACAUCCUAGCACAAAUACUAAAGUUUGAAGUUAAAGCAGCUAAAGGUCUAGCAGAUGAAGCAGAAAAUCUAGUUGAAAAGGCUCAAAAAACAGAAGGCCUAUAUGCCAUAGUUGAAACAUAUUUACUAGCUUUAAUACCUGCAUAUCAAGUAGCUCGAUUAAACAGACUACCUAACCAAAUUAUAGUUAAAAAAAUGGUUGAAAAGGCUGGAAACGCAGAACCUGAAAAUUUAGUCCUUGAGCUACAAAAUCUAGCUGAAAAAGCUCAAAAAACUAGAGAUCUAGCAAUUAAGGAAAUUGAAAAUCUCGUAAAAGCAGUUGAAUGUCAAGAAAAAGAAAAUAUUAAAAACCUAGUCGAAAAAGUUGAAAAUCUAUUAAUUGAAGCAGAAGGCCUAAUUCAAAAAGCUAAAAAAACAAAAAAUCCAAUUAGAGAAUAUCUACUAGCUGAAGAGAAAAUAAUUCAAGCAGAAAAAAUAGCUCUAGAAGUUAUGGAUGCCAUAGUUCAAUUACAAAACCUAGCUGAAAAAAUUGGAAUCCAAGCAGAUGAAUUAAAAACGCUGGCUCAAGAGAUCAAAGACAAAAAAGCUGAAGACCAGGCAGAUAAACUAAAAGAACUAAUUCAAGCAGCUCAAAAUGAAAAAACAGUUGGAGCAUACAAAAUAGCCAAAAAAGUUAUAGAUCAAGCAGCUGCAUUACAAAAAAAAAUUGAAAAAUUUAAACCCCAGGCAGAUAAACUAAAAAACUCAAUUCAAGAAACUCAAAAUGCAGUAGGUGUUACUCAAAAGCUAGCCCAAGAUGUUCUAGAUCAAGCACCUGUCAGUCUAACACAAAUACUACACUCUGGAGCUGAUGCAGCUAAAGGUCUAGCAGGUGAAGCAGAAAAGCUAUUUGUAGACGCUAAAGAAACAGAAGAUCUGGCUGAAAAAUAUGCACUAGCUAAACAAGCUGAACAGAAAACAGUUAGAGUAUACAAAAUAGCUACAAAAAUUAAGGGUAAAGGAGCUCAAUUAGAAAAAAUAUUUAAAGAAUUUCAACCCGAAGAAAAUGAAGCAAAAAAACUAGCUCAAGAAGCAGUAUAUCAUGCUCAAAAGAUGGCUGAAGAAACUCGAGCUAAAGCACUUGAGAUUCUAGUACAAACAGUACACUUUAAAGCUGAAACAGUUCAAAUUCCAUUAGUUAAAGCACAAACCCAAGUUGAACAGGCUCGAAACACAGAAAAUCUAUUUUAUGGAUAUAAACUAGCUGAAAAAGCUAUGAAAAAGGCACAUAAAGCAUACAAACUAGCUUCAGAAUGUAUAAACUAUGCAAAUGAAGCAAAAGAACUAGCUAAAGAUGUUGAAAACGAAAAAGCUCAAAAUGAAGCCAAAAAAGUUCAAGUUGAUGCAUUUGACAGCAUUGCAAGCACAAUAUACGCUGAAGGUAUUAAAAAAGCUGAAAAUCUAGUUAAACUGGCAAAAGAAACAAAAACCUCAAUUUUUUCAAUUCCAGCUUUUACAACUCAACAAUUAGGAUUAUAUGCACUAACUGGAGAUGUUAUUCAUAAAACAGGUCGAUUACAAAACCUAUUUAAACAAUUUCAACCCGAAGGAAAUGAAGUAAAAAAACCAUCUAAAGCCCAAACAUAUAAACUAAAAGCACUAAAUCAAGACGCUCAAAGACUAGUCAAAAAAGCUAAACAUCAAGCAAUUGAUAAAGUUGAAACCCAAGCAAGUAAAACACAAAAGAUAGUUCAAAGAGCUCAAUAUCUAGUUCAAAUUAUAUCAGAACGAAUUAACGAUGAAAAAGGUAUUCUACUUGAAGAAAAGGAAACAUACGAUCUAUUGAAAGAUGUUAAAAGUAACGCAAAAAACCUAAAUGCGUUAGCUGAAGAAGUUAAAGGUCAAGCAGAUGUAUUAAAAAAGCUAGCUCAAAAUUUUGAAAAAGAAGGAGCUCAAAAUCUAGAAGCCGCAAUACAAUAUCUAAUUACAAUAUCUAAAGAUCUAGACACAAAAGCUGAAGAUCUAGCCAAAAAAACCAUUGAUCUAGAAACCCUAACAACAAAUCCAAAGAUUAAAAAAUACAUUUCAAAAUCUUUAGAAUCUUUAAAAAACCUGAACUGCGUCAAAACGGAACUCCUAACAAAGCUAAUGAUCCCAAAGCUUUUAUCUAUAAACCGUGUUAAACAAGCUAAGAACGAAGUUCAAGAAGCUAAAUCAAAAAAACAAGAAGCUGAGAAAGAAGCUCACGAAGCUGAAUCAAAAAAACAACAAGCUGAGAAAGAAGCUCACGAAGCUGAAUCAAAAAAAGAAGGAAAAAACAAACAAGCAAACACAGCAAACAAUCAAUUCAAAAAAAUACAUGAAAAAGCUCAAAAUUUAGAACAAGCUAUGAAAAAAGCUGAAAAUCUAAAAAACAUUGUCGAAAACCUUAUCGCAAAACUUGAAAAAUUUUAUCAAGCUAAAGAAAAAGCUGAAAAUGCUCGAAAAGCUGCAAAAUAUGAAGCUGAAGAAGACGCUAAACAAGCUGAAAAAGAAUUUAAAGAAGCUAAACUACUAAUCCCAACUUUGAAAUGGAGGUUUUAUAACAUAUUCCGGGACAAGCUAAAAAAUUUAAAAGAUCUAGAUGUCCUAGUAAAUCAAAAAUUUAAAAAAGCUGAAGAAGAAUUUAAAAAAGCUGAACAAGAAUCUAAAAAAGCUGAACAAGAAUCUAAAAAAGCUCAAAAAGAAGUUGAUGAUGCUCAAAAAAAAGUUGAUGAUGCUCAAAAAAAAGUUGAUGAUGCUCAAAAAAAAGUUGAUGAUGCUCAAGAAAA